GGGGGUGGGGAGAGUCCGUGGCCGAAGGGUGGGGCUCCAUCUAUAAAGGCUGUGACACCUGUUGGCCUGCCGGGCAGGAGAGCGUGGAGACACCCCUGCAGGCACAGCUCCUGGGUCUCCGUAGGUGUUGACAGCCGAGGAGGAAGGCCAGCCUGCACCAUGAACCCGCGGCUCCCGCUCUGCCUCUUGGCCAGCUUGGUGGGUGCCUGGUCUACCAUCCACGCUCAAGGUGUCUCGGAGGACUGCUGCCUGGACUACCACCGCUGCGUGCGGCCCCGCCUGCUCCGGCUUGUCCAGGGCUACCGGCGCCAGGAAGUGAGCGGGAGCUGCAACCUGCCUGCCGUGAUAUUCUCCUUCCCGAAAAACAAGGUGCUGUGUGCGAACCCGAGGGACAGCUGGGUGCAGAAGAUGACACACUUCAUGGAUGCUGGGAACAAGACCUUCUCAAAACACCUCUGGAGACACUUUCAUGACUCCCCCUUUAGAUGUAGGAAGGCAGGCCCUGGAAACUCCAAGCUCCCGCCACCCAAGUUUAGGAGGCCCGACAGAAUCAAUAAGAGGGAAACUUCCUUCCGGACAAAAACGAACGCAGCCUAGGGGGCUUCAGCAAGUACUGCAAGGAAAUGACCAAGAGCGGCAGGGCCCCCAGCUCCACUCCAGUCCUGGUCACCUGCCGGCCUCUCCAACCACCCCGCCCCUGCAGGACCAUGAGCCCGGACAUCUCCAGGAUUAGCCCAGCACGAGAUGGGCUGGACCUUUCUUCACCACAAUGGCCCCCUGCGGCUCCGGGUGCCCCAGCCUCCCUGUCAUUUGGGCCAAAUCUCUGUGCCUGUGCCUGUGCCUGAGACUGCGGCUGGCUACCUCCUAUCGCCCCUGCCACAUCCUGCUCCUCAGGCAGCUGGAAGGAGAGGGCUGACCUUAUUUUGAGCCUCCUUGCCUGCUCCAGGAGCCAGAGUCAGCACUAAGCAGUGGGUUUGUAGAGGAUGGUUGGAAUACCUUGCCUACCUGAGCCUCUUGCCACCUGUCCUGGGCCACGCCCACCUGGGUCCCUCUGAGUCCUUGCAAAGCACCCAUCCCUGGAUGCUUCUCCCAGACCGUGCUUUUCUACAGUUUUUAAAUAAACCUUUGAUGGAAUGCU